AUGCACCAAUGGGAUCUGAAGCCAGGUAUUCCGCAUCUGGAUCGCCCCACGCGCGAAAUCCCAUAUCCACAUGCUAUCACGUCCCAAUCAAGCAAUCUAAUGUGGCUUUACACCGUUAGUCAAUCCACUGAAUCACUAGCACAGUCGACGUCGGUGUACAUUACCACCAAGACAUUCAACCAUGGCAAAAUAUCCGUCGCGAUCCAGGAGCAAAGUGACCAAUUUAAGCCAAAAAUCAAAUGGCUAAGGACGAGACGUUUCGUCGAAAAUGCAUCUGCCGACAAGCAGUGUGGCAUUGUGGAGGUUAUCCAGGGUAGCGCCCCGGAGCACCUCCAUCGCGCCUAUCAGCAGACCGUGACUGCCGCCGCCAUUGAAAAGCAUGGAUCGCUCUUUUUAGCUUUUGAGAUUCUGAAGCUGUGGCUCGUUUUCGUUACCUUCCAGCGAAUCGCGGAGAGGUUCCGGGCAAGCAAGAGCGGUCGUGACUUGGUAGUCCAACGCGAGUAG